UAGAUUUUAUAGUGGAUUUGAUAGUAGAAUUAUUGAUAGAUUUGUUAGUAGAUUCGCUAGUAGAUUUGAUGAUGAAUUUGAUAGUGAAUUUGAUAGUAAAUUUGAUAGUAGAUUUGUAGUAGAUUUGAUAGUGGUUUCAUUA